CAGCUAGAUAGUGAAAUGAUGAAGAUGGCAUCCAAAACGAGCUUUAUUCUAAUUGCUUUCGGGAUGAUCUGUCUGCUUCAGACCACCCCUAUCAGUGCCACAAACAAACACGCGGGCGAGCUGCUCAAGGCGUUCCGAAGAAUCCAGUUCGAUUGGACGAAAAAGAGCUUCUAUCUUCAGAGCGCCAAGUUCGGCGUGCAGGUGCAGCUGCGGGAGCCGUUGGUGAAGAAGGCGCUCGGUUUGUCGGACGACGUUAACCUUUCCACGCCAUGCCUCGACCAGAUGGUGACCAAAGUGCACGACCUGGAGGGCACAUUCUACGCCGGAUUCAGCUAUGGCUGCGAGAACCGCGACCAACAGUACACGGUGGAGUGUUUGGAGACGGCCAAGCCCAACUAUUUGAGCGGUCUGGAGGAGCUUCGUAGCGAGACCGAAAAGUGCUUGGAGGCCAAGUGAACGACAGGUGAAGACGGUGAACAGGACUGCGCAAAAGGGUCGCUGUUUAUUUCGAAUUACCCUUUUCCUAAUUGGACCGUGUUGCGUGCACUUGUAUCUGAAGUAAUAAAUAAAUCAUGAAACGAAUGGCAAA